UCUCCGCCAAUGGCGGGCCUUCGAUAAGGAAAAUCAAGAGAUUGCCGACAGGAUGGAACGAAUUGGCUGGCGAGUUUUGGCAUGCACGGUGCUGAUAAACUGCACCGUUUUCAAUCAGGCGAGGCCCGAUGACAAGGCUAUUCGAAAUUGGACGAGCGGGAGGAAUGGAACCACGAGAUUACUUCCGGUUAACAGACAAGCCCUCGAAGUGCACAGGAAACAGGAAGACGGGGAUGUAAAUCAAGUGGUUCAAAAUGGCGGCCGGCAGACAGGGUCACCAGUCAUGGAAGGACGGACAUUCGGCCACAAAAGGGUGCAGUUCAUGCUUUUGCCCAUGAUGUAUAAAAUGGGGGUCAUGAUGACGAUGAUAGGAGUGUUAACCGUCAUCUCCUUAAAAAGUCUGCUGAUUGGUGUCAUCUUACUGAUGUUGAAGUUCAGCGGUUUCUUAGCGAAAUUACAAACUGGAUGGCAGGGUAGUCAUCCUUCAGCUUGGCCUGCUCAUCCUCAGCCUGUUCACGUCCAUCUUCACAGUCCUGGAGGACAUCCUGCUCACGCGCAAGCCUACAAUGCUUGGGAGCCCCCCAGCAGUCCUGGAGACGACGAACAUUAUUACUACAAGGGAUAGAAUUAAAUUGCUAAAGAAUUGUUUAAUUAUUAAAUCUAGUUAGGAUAGUUCGAUUCAAAGAAGUUCAUUUGUCAGACAUCAAAUGUAACACUACAUAUUGGCCGCUACUCGCUGUCAAUAGGUAAUUACUUGUCACUUAGUCAAUAUGUUAACGCAAACAGUAUUCUCACUUGUAAAUAGAGUCGACACUGUAGAAAUGUCGUUUUGCCUUCGAUGGAUGUUCUUAUAUGACGAAUAACGUUGUUGUACAGUUUGGAAGGGAAAGGAUACAUUGGUGAUCGCAACGAUGAUUACCAUCGAAGGAUUCUGAAAUCAACCAAACACUGGUACCAAAACUAGGCUAAACGAUUAAGCGGUUCAAACCUCGCGUGUGUACAAUCUGUAUGAUAACUUGUAAAAUAAUAUAAU